CUCCCCUCGCACUCGCACCCGCACCCGCACCAUUGGUCUACUCCGUCCCACAAUAUCCACUGCGCUCCCCCGCCCGCUCCCUCGCCCGCAGUCCGCAGCCCAUGGCGGCGCUAUGCUCCGCCGCCUCGCCGGCCGUCUCCAGGGCCGCGGCGCUCGGCCUGUCCGCGCGCGGGCCCGCCUCCCUCCUCCCCUUCCGCCUGCGCCUCCGCGCCGCCCCGCGCUCCUGCUACGCCGCGCCGCGGGCUGGGAGGGUCGCGCCGUCGUGGCGGGCGCACCGGCGCUUCGCCGCGUCGGCCGCCUCCGCCACGGAGGAGGGCGCGGACGUCGACACGGUGAUCCCGCCCGACAACCGCAUCCCCGCCACCAUCAUCACCGGCUUCCUCGGCUCCGGCAAGACAACUUUACUAAAUCACAUACUGACAUCUCACCAUGGAAAACGGAUCGCUGUCAUUGAGAAUGAGUAUGGUGAAGUUGACAUCGAUGGUUCAUUGGUUGCCGCACAAACUGCUGGAGCUGAGGACAUAAUGAUGCUGAACAAUGGUUGCCUUUGCUGCACUGUGCGUGGUGAUUUAGUACGAAUGAUUGGUGAAUUGGUUGACAAGAAGAAGGGAAAGUUUGACCAUCUUGUUAUUGAAACCACAGGUUUAGCAAACCCAGCACCCAUAAUACAGACAUUCUACGCAGAAGAUGCAGUUUUUAAUGAUGUCAAGCUGGAUGGUGUUGUUACUUUAGUGGAUUCAAAGCAUGCAAGGUUGCAUCUGGAUGAAGUGAAGCCCAAGGGUAUAGUCAAUGAGGCAGUUCAGCAAAUUGCUUAUGCUGACAGAAUUAUAAUUAACAAGACUGACCUUGUUAGCGAGCCUGAAGUUUCUUCCUUGGUUGAGCGUAUAAGGAGUAUCAAUCGCAUGGCUAAUUUGAAACGAGCUCAGUAUGGUAAAGUUGAUUUGGAUUAUGUGCUUGGAAUUGGAGGCUUUGAUUUGGAGAGGAUUGAGAGUGCUGUCACUGAAGAACCACAUGAUGACCACGAACAUGAACACGAACACAAGCAUGAGCAUGAACAUCACCAUGACCAUGACCACGACCAUGAUCACCAUCAUCAUGAUCAUGACCAUAAACAUGACCAUCAUGCGCAUGAUCACACCCAUGAUCCUGGCGUUUCUUCUGUAAGCAUCGUUUGCGAAGGGGAGAUGGACCUUGAAAAGGCUGACAUGUGGUUGGGGAACCUACUGCUGGCACGCAGUGAUGAUAUAUACCGGAUGAAAGGGCUGCUUUCUGUCAGUGGAAUGCCCCAACGCUUCGUCUUUCAGGGAGUGCAUGACAUUUUCCAGGGAUCACCUGACAGGAUGUGGGAGCCCAACGAACCGCGCAUCAACAAGAUUGUGUUCAUCGGCAGGAACCUGAACCGAGAAGAGCUGGAGACGGGCUUCAAGGACUGCCUGCUGAAGAAGUAGGCCUAGGCCAUAGACCCCAAGCUUCUUCCGUUUCUCCUACGUGCGUGUGCAUGCGGGGUGGAUCUCCAGCUUCAUGAUUUUGAGCUUUGUGGCUGCAGAACCUAUAUCCUUCAUUCAAAUGUCGAAACCAAAACCGUGAACGAACCGGCACGAAACGCGAUAUGUGUAUAUAGAUUGGGGGAACAUCAGCAUAUCCUUGGAAUCUGGCCGCCGUGUCUUUCACGGAUGUCUACUGUGCCUGGAUGCCAGAUGUUUUGUGCACGAUGUUGCACUGUGACUCGCAGAGAUUUAUAGACCGCCCUGUGAAUUGAA